GAAUAAUUGAAGUUGAAGCAUUUGAAUUGACUUGGUUAUAAAAAUAAAUGAACCAUCUAUAUUUCCCUACCUACUCCCCUCUUCCACAUAACAACACAUUUUUGUGGAAUGAAGAUUGAAGAGUACAAAACCAACACAACAACAUCAACAAUGGAGAAUGGAGAAGAUCAUACUAUUGAUAUUGAAUCAAUGGUAAGUGACUUACAAAGAAAGUUGACUGGUAAUAAUCUUGUCAUGUCAUCUAGUGUCACCAUCUUUAGAAUCCCAACCAUUCUUGCUAGGCAUAACAAAACUUCUUAUGUACCAAAUGCCUUUGCCAUUGGCCCAUUCCACCAUAACGAUCCCCUUCUUCAACGCACAGAAAGGAUCAAACAAAAAUACUUGCUUGAUCUUCUUUCUCGCCUUUCACAUAAUAAUAAUAACCCCAUUUCAAAUACUCAAGCUCCUUUCGAUCCAAUGUGGAUCAGAAAACUAACGAAAGCCGUUAGUGACAUUCAAAACGAAGCACGCGGGUAUUAUGCUGGUGAAAUCGACAUGAAAGCAAAUGAAUUUGUUGACAUGUUGCUUCUUGAUGGUUGUUUCAUCAUAGAGUUGUUUCGUAAGAAUUCAUAUCAUGAUCUCAUUGAUAAAGAUGACCCAAUAUUCACCAUGUCUUGCUUAAUUCAAUUUCUACACCAUGAUCUCAUUUUGCUAGAAAACCAAAUACCUUGGCUUGUUCUCAAUACUCUGUUUGAGCUCACAAAAUCACAAUCCACAGAUAAGAAAAGCCUUGGUGACUUGACCUUGGAGUUCUUUCCUAGCCUUAUAAAAAAGAAAUCCCUUCGCUUGAAUCUUUCUGAUAAUAAAAUACCACAAACAAAACACAUUCUUGAUCUGUUGAGGAACUCUUUGAUUUACAAUUCUAUUAUAAUUGCAAAAGGAAAGAGUAACGAGGUUCAUGAUUGGCAGCAUAUACGUACAGCUACUGCUCUAAGAGACUCUGGCAUCAAAUUCGAGGCUAACAAUUCGGAGUCAAUAUUGGACAUUUCAUUCAUUCCAAAAAGAGGUGUCAUAUCAAUUCCACCACUUCUUAUUCAAGAAACCACAGAAACAGUGUUUCGAAACCUCAUAAGUUUGGAGCAGUGUUGUCCCAAUUACAAGCCCAUAAUCACAUGUUAUGCUGUUCUGUUGGAUAAUCUCAUCGACAGUAGUGCUGAUAUUCAAGUACUUGAGAAGAAUAAGGUAAUUGAUAACUGGUUGAAUGUUGAUGAUGCUACCAAAUUCUUCAAUAGGCUCUACAUUGAUACUUAUGUUAAGGAAAACUAUUACUACAGUCUUACGAGUGAAGUGAAUGAGUAUUGUAGACAGCGUCGGCAUAAGUAUCGAAGGAUACUUAAGCGUGACUAUUUCAAACACCCUUGGGCACUUAUUUCAGUCAUUGCUGCCUUUGUUGCACUUGUUCUUACCUUCUUACAAACCUUCUAUGCUAUUCUAGAUGCAUAUAAGGGAGAUAAUUGAGCUGUUCAUAUUACAUUUAUGUUGGAGGUUUACUCAAAUUGGUUUUAUUUUCAUAUUUAUAAAUUUGUAGUUUUUUGAGUUUCAAUUGUUAGUUGUGUGAAAAAAAGAGUGUUGAGUUGUGAAAAGAAAAGUGAGUGUGACUUUAUAGUGUGGUGAGAUGAGAAAGAAACAAAAAUGUAGUUUUAAAGAUAAGUAAUGUAUGUUUCUUUGUAGGGCUGGUAAUUUUAUUAAGCUAGUAAACUUCUUUUUUUGCUUAUUUA